CAUGGCCAGUCAUGUUGAUGAACAGGAAUGAACGUUAUCUGUUGCGAAAAUACCGGAAUAUACUAGCACUAGCCAGCGUAAAUGACUCGUUAGUGCGUUGUAAUUUGUAAGACAUUUAGUAUGUGAAAUGUUAUUGUUACCUGAUCGACAUUUCGGUGUUCAAUGAAGGAGAAGCCAGCUGCCGGAAAAUAACAGAUGAGACCAACAAGACGACGACAUGUGUGACUUGUUUGUUCCUGAUUGCCCGGUCGAUAACAAUACAAAAGGAAUCUCGGAUGGAUUGGUUGAGCAGCUUAGACCCAUACAUCCUCAGACUUUGAGAGGCACAGCUGGCUGUGAGACAUGGACCGUGGACUUCUCACCCGGAGGAUCCCUUUUCGCUUGGUCCAUGGGUUAUGGCGUCGUGAAGGUUCUUGCGUGGCCUCUGCCAAACGAAGAAGGAAGAGACGAUGGUCAGGAUGCUCCGCUAACCGAGAAAGCCUCAGAGAGGACUUUGAACUGUGGCCACACUGUGUGGGGUUUAGCCUUUGGACCCCGUCCAAGAAAGCGACCUGGUGCGAUCAGCCACAUCACUGAUGGAAGCCCACUUAACGAGGAUGUCAAAGCGUUGAUCCUUGCCACUGGUCUAAAUAACGGAAUGAUCAAGAUCUGGCACGUAUCAACUGGUGAGGCACUUUAUGAUCUGAAAGGACACCAGUCUGUUGUCAGGGAAUUGGUAUUCCCUCCCAAUGGAAAAUUAACUCUUGUGUCUGGCUCUCGUGACAAAACACUGAGAAUAUGGGAUUUAACAAGCACAGGACGAACUUGCCAUGUGUUGUCAGGCCACAGGGGGUGGGUGGUUUGUUGCAGAGUCUCUCCUGACAGUAGCAUGAUUGCAUCAGUCAGCAGCUCAGACAAUAGAGUGAGUUUAUGGAGUCUUCGCUCCUACACCUUCAUGAAGCACUUGGUUCUCAACAAACGGAGCGCCAUAUCGUGCUGUGACUUCUCCCCAGACGGAGCUGUGCUAGCCGUCGGCUCAUAUGGUCCUCACAACUCUGCUGGCUGGAGGGUGGAUCUCUGGGACCCGUACACAGCCGAGCUUCUGGUGACACUUGAGGACUGUUGCAGCUGUGAAUCCUAUAUAAAAUCCAAAACAAUCCAGACACUGUGUUUUUCCCCUGACGGCCUUUACUUAGCUCUGAUUGUAGACCACAGGGCUUUAAGACUCUGGGAACUGGGUCAGAAGACUUUUGUGAUGGAGACAGACUUGACCACAUUCCACAAUGAACUGUGCUGCACUUUUCAUCCACAAGGAGGCAUCAUUGCCACAGGAACAAGAGAUGGGCAUGCCAAAUUCUGGAAGGCCAGGCCAGUCGUCCCCAGCCUUAACCACUUGUGCCGGGCAGCCUUACAUUUCUCUGUGUCGACCCAGCAGAUAAACGCCCUUCCCAUUCCCCACAAGCUUAUGGAGUUUCUCACAUACAGAGACCUCCCCAAGACCCAAGAGACCUACUGCAGGAACCACUGUAGAUGA